GUUUUGGAUGAGGGUGGAGUUAGGGUUACUAAUGAGGUUAAGUUUGGAGUUCGGGGUGGGGCUCGGGAGAGGUUUUGGGUUAAGGCUGAGGUUAGGCUUAGGGCUGAGUCUAUGGUUAGGGUUAGAGCUCAGACCACAUUUAGGUUUGGGGCUGAGGCUUCUGCUUAGGUUGAGGGUGAGUGUUAGGCCUGAGGCUAGGCUUAGGCCUGAAGCCACGGUUAGGUUUGGGGUUGGACUGAUUAGACCCACUCUGACCCAUUACAAUGAGGUACUACCACAGAACUGACUCUCUGUCGAUAAAGAACAUGAGAUGCUGUCAGCUUGUCCAAACAGAGGUCCAAUAUUAAGGAAAUAGUGCACUGUUGGAGGGUUGAUAAAUACAAUAUAAUAUGAAUGGAGUGCUGCACUGUCAGAGGGUUAAUGACGUGGGAGUGCUGAAAUAGCGCAGAAUCAGACCUGAGAGAGUGCUGCACGUUCAGAGAGUUAGUACUGAGGGAGUGCUAUAAUGUCAGAGGAUUGAUAUCAAGAGGCACCGCCGAAGGAUCAGUAGCGCAGUACUGUCCGAAGGCCAAUAUUGAGAGAGUUCUGCUGCGUCAGUGGGGGUCGAUAUUACAGAAUUGUGACACUAUCAGUGUAUCGAUGUCAGACGGUCAGUUCUGAGGGAGGGCUACGCUGUUGGAGGGUCAAUAUUGAGUGUGUGCGCGACACUCAGAUGAUCACUUUGUUGGAGUUCUGCACUGUAACGGAGUGCCACACUGGCAGCGGGUUAAUAUUAAGGGAGUGCUGCACUGUCAGAGGGUGAAAGAUGAGGGAGGGCUUCUCUUUGUGGGGGUGGGUAUGAAAGAGAACCUCCCGUUCGGGGAUCAAUAUUAAUGUUGUAGAGUCAGUAGAGAGGCAGUGCUGCACUGUGGAGGGUCAAUAAGAAGCAUGUAGCUCCACUGGCAAGGUGCCAGUGAUGACAGAAUGCUGCACUGCCAGAGCAUCAGCAAUGAGGGAAAACUGUUUUGUCAGAGUGCCUUCGUCAAGAAAGUGCCACUCUGUCGGAAGGCCAAUAUUAAGGGAGUGCUGCACUGUCACAGGAUCAAUAUUAGGGGUAUACUGCACUAACAGAGGGUCAGUGUUGAUUGAAUGCUUGACUGUUGCAGAGCCAGGACUGAGGGAAUCCUGCAUCGUUACGGUGUCAUCAUUGAGGGAGUGCUGCACUGUUGAAGGGCCGAUAGUAAGGGAGUGUGACACUGUCAGAGUGUCAUUACCAAAGGUGGGCUACAGUAUCAAAGGUACCACGCUGAGUAUUGUUGUCCCGAUAGUUCUUUCGUAUCAGUCCGUGUGUAUUCCUGGGCGAAUGUGCUCGUGUGGUCUCAGGAGUUGCGGAGGUCACGGCUCUGGGACAGCCGUUUCAUCGCCCUAUGCUGCAGAACCUACCCCGGAAGAGAGAGCCCAGAGAAUUGCCAAAGCUGUCCACAAACAGUCAACAGAAGUGAAGGAAAAUUGGGAGCAAUUGAAAACCCGUGCGAGCAACUGGCAGAAACAGGUGGAAAAGGCGUUGGAGAAACUUCAAGAACUGCAGAAAGCGCUGGAUGAUCUUGAGGCUCAUGUGAUAACAGCUGAGGGGGUCCACACUGAUGGGCAACCUGUGGGUGACCUGCUUAUUGACUCAUUGCAGGAUCACAUUGAUAAAACCACAGUUAAAAGUCGACACCUUUUCAGUUCACUGCAGUGCUGCAUAAUGAAGACUUGGAACAUAUUUUUUAUAAAGUAGAAAAUCAGUGUGGUUUGUUUUCCAAAAUGUGAUGUGUAAGUGCAACACUUAACAGUGUGUUCAUCAAACUCUUGUUUCCUUUGAUCUUUGUGUUGCAGAAAUUUCUAGAAUCAUUUCAUAUGUAUUUUUCUUGAUAUAUUUUAGCAGCUUUCCUGGAGCAAGUCUGUUUUCCUUCGGAUGAGACGACUUUCAGACAUACUCCGUUUAUUGUGAGAUUUAAUUGGGGGAAAAUGAGGAGGAUUUUUAUCCACUGAGACACACAUGACUUUCUGUUUAAAGCAUUGGAAAAAGCAUUCUGUUAGGACUGUCAUGCUAUCUGGUGUUUGUACCAGGCUUCCCAAUUAACUGCAAGUGAUUCAGGAUGCUCAUGGAUGCCACAUGUUAUUACAAGAGGAAAUGAACAUCCAAGUAAGGAUUUUAUACCACAUUUAUACAUAGCAUGGACUAUGCAGCAUGGAUGCAGUGACUGAGUGAAAUGGGAAGCAGUGACUGAGUGAAAUGGGAAGCAGUGACUGAGUGAAAUGGGAAGCAGUGACUGUGGGAAAUGGGAUGCAGUGACGGAGGGAAAUGGGGAUGCAGUGAAUGAGGGAAUAGGGAUGCAGUGACUGAGACAAAUGGGAUGCACUGACAGAGGGAAAUGAGAUACAGUGCCUCAGUGAAAUGCUCACAGCGAAUUCCCCCUCCAGUUCAGACCUCGUCACAGUGACUUGCCCCCUCCGUCCUGACCCGCUCACAGCGAAUUCCCCCCUCCAUCCUCACCCGCUCACAGUGACUAGCCCCUGCAGUCCUGACUUGCUCACAGCGACUUCUCUCUGCAGUCCUGACCCGCUCAUUGCGACUUGCCCCUCCGUGCUGACCCGCUCACAGUGGCUUGCCCCCUCACUCUUGACCCGCUCACAGCGACUUGCCCCCUCACUCCUGACCUGCUGUCCAUUGAGGAAACGAAGCAGAGGCUUGGGGACCGCUUUGCAGAACACCUCCGCUCGGUUCGCAACAAACACCUGCAGCCUCACAGCACUGGGGGCACAGGUUCAAUUCCAGCCUCAGGCAACUGUCUGUGUGGAAUUUGCACCUUGUCCCUGUGUCUGUGUGGGUUUCCUCCAGGUGCUCCGGUCUCCUCCCACCGUCCAAAGAUGUGCACUGUAGGUGGAUUGGCCAUGCUAAAUUGCCCAUAGUGUUCAGGGGCGUGGGUCUGGGUGGGAUGCUCCAAGGUUUGGUGUGCACUUGUUGGGCCAAAGGGCCUGUUUCCACACUGUAGGGAAUCUAAACAAUCCUGUUCCCACAUCUCCAUGUUAUAACCCUGCUGAUCACUGCCCACAGAGAUGUUUGACAACAAAAGGAUAACAAUAAUAUUCAAACCCAGUGCUGGACAUGUAUUUUAAAUGAGUAUUUUAAAUACACUGAGGCCAGUGUCGAUCUCCAAUUCAACUUUUAUUUGCAAAUGAACUGUCUUCAACUUUAGCACUGCCUCAUGCAGAGAUAGUUACCAGGGUGUCAGCAUCUCUGACCCUCACACUUCUUAUCUGUCAGCCAGGGCUCCCUGAUUUGGGCUGUUAAUAUGGACCAAUCAGGCAACUCAUAUUCUUUGAGGUCAAACUGGCCGACCUGGUCACAAACCAGUGCAGUGUGUUCAUCGAAAAUCAAACAUGUACCAGAAAGGUAACAUUACAUACCCGUGUAAAGGAAGGCAUGAGGCCAAACUGGGGAGGGAAAGGGAACUGCUUAUUGGGGGUGGCCCAGAGAGUGGAAGAAAAUCGAAUGGGAAGAAGACCGUUUGAGACUGAGGGAGAGAGAUGUAAUUGCCUGAAUCAGGAAUUCCAUUUGCGAAAUGGAUUUUUGUGUAUACACCAUGUUCAGUUUCCCCGAUCUUCAUCUGUACUCCUCUUUAAAUCAUUAGUAUCUGAUAUUUCUGUAUCAUUUCCAAAUGUUCUGUCUCUAAUGUUAUGCUGUUGGAAUUGGUUGAACUGCAGAGAUAUCACUUAUUUGCACAAAUGCGUUCAGUGAAAUGAGCUGCAUGCUAUAUAUGUAUUAUUCUUCCUGAUUCUAUUAUA